UUCUAAGUGUCUAUUCCCUGAUACGUUAGUCAAUUGUCAGGAUUGUUAGGUUAUGUGUUUACUUUUGAUUGCGAGACUUUUGAUAUACUUUCGUUUUUACAAUUCCAUUUUAUUUAUCGAAAUUAAAUUAAUAUGUUCUAUUUUAUUAAAAAAAAAAAUUGUUAAUUUGUUUUAAGUAUAAGUCGUUUAUUAAUCAAUAAUAUUUAAAUAUUUUGGUACGAAAUGUAUCCCCUUUGUGAAGAUAAAACUUUUUUAGCAUUGGUAAAAAAAUUCUAUCAAGGAUCCCUCAAUUUUAGUUUGCAACCCGACGACAUACAACAAAUGACCUGGACUUGGCAAGAAAAAUUCUUAAACCAUACCUUUAACAACGAGUUAAUCAAAAAGUAUCCAGUAAAUAAAAAAUUCUCCAGAUUAUUUUUAAAAAAGUUAAUCAAUUUUAUAGAAAGCAGUCAAGAAAUUCAUGAUGAUUUUUAUUCACAAAUAUGUAAUUUGAUGAGUAGUGAAAUUGAUCAGGACGAUUUCUACUACAGACAUUAUGUUAUUGGCAAUGAUUUUAACAAUACAAUAAUCAUCAAAGAAACUAAAAAUACUGUUGUUAAUGGAACAACUGGGAUGAAGACAUGGGAGGCUGCAUUUGUUUUAUCAGAUUGGGCUCUAUGUAAUAAAGAAUUCUUUAAAUCAAAAACAAUUUUGGAACUCGGCUCUGGAGUUGGUUUUACUGGUAUAACAGUAACAAAGUUAUGUAAACCUUCUUUGUUUUUAUUAAGUGAUUGUCAUAAUGAAGUAUUGAACACUAUAUGUGACAAUAUUAGAAUUAAUUUCCAUCAAUUAAAUGAGACAGAACAAGCUGAUGUUAUUUAUUUUAAUGGGGAAGAAAGUAGUUUAGGAGUUACAAUGCUUGAUUGGAAUGACAUUGGUGAUAUGCCUCAGAAUAUAGUGCCAGAUAUUAUUAUUGGGGCUGAUAUUGUUUAUGAUCCUGUGAUAUUAGAACCACUUUGUAAUGUAUUAGAUUAUUUCUAUAAUAAGAAUAAAGAAUUGGAAGUAUUCAUAGCAAGUGUGAUAAGAAAUGAAGAUACUUUUGCUGCAUUCUUAAAAACUUUAGACUCCAAAAGCUUUCAGUAUGAGGAAUUACAGCCAGCAAAAAGCAUUUACAUUGACUGGGAUCAUAGUACUAAAAUAUGUUUAAUAAAAAUAAAAAGGAAAUAAUAAUUUCUGUCAUUUAUUUAGUUAAGGUCGAUCGGGGGAAG